ACAGAGUCCAUAUAUAUGCCAACCGCGACCGCCUGUUCAUGUCCGUCUGUAACUUGUACGCACAACGCAAACAUAAAAAACCCUCUUCGAUCGGUGGCCCGAAACCCUCUCUUCCUUCCCUUUCCUUGUCUAAUUCUUCUGUGUUUGUUGUUCCACCAUGUCUUCUAUGCUGAGCUCUCAAGGUCUGGUAUUGGCCACAGCCAUGGCCGUCUCAAGCACUCUCGUCUUCCUUGCUUUCUCUAGGCAGAAGACUUGCCUACCAACCCAACUUUCUGAUAGCUACAAUUCCCAGCAAAAUCUAAAGAAAACUGCUCUGCGUUCUUGCUUGUGUUCAGGUGAUAAGAAGAGGGAGAGGAAGAAAAAGAAAGUGCAUUUUGCUGAAAAUGUUGAGGAGCCGCCAAUUGGCGGUGGAGAGGAAAUGGUGAUGAGAAAGCAGAGCAAAGUUGAGAGAAGAAGUUGCAGAAACGAAAUUCCUGAGAAUCGGAUUGCUUUGUACAAUGGAAUUCUCAAGAACCGUGUGCAAAGGAUGCAGUGUUCUCAUUGAUCUCUGGAAAUUUCUGGUGUUUCUUGGGAUCUUGGUUGACAGAAGAAAAAUCUUGGUUUUCUGUGGUUGUAAAUUUGUUCUGUUUUUUUUGUUUUUGUUUUUGUUUUUUUUUUUGUUCUUCCCAAAUGUGGUUGUAAAUACUUUGAACUUUGUCCAAUUAAAUAAGUAAAUAUGGGCAAGGUUUUUUUUUU